UUAAUAUUUGUGAAAAACAAUUAAUUCUCAAUGUUGCCAAUUCGUUAAUUGUGUUAUCAUGAUAAUUAGAAAAUUAAAUUCAAUCUAUUAAUAAUUGGAACCAAAUUAAUUCUCAUUUUCUAACCUUUGGCCUGGUCUUUAAAUCUUCAUUUGUGAUUUCAAAGAGAAUUCAAUUGAUAUCGGAAAUUUGGUUUUUCUAUUCUCUUUACCUUCCAAAAUUCUAUCGGAUCAAUUCACCUUUUUAUAAAUAUAUGUGCUCUUCGAUAUUGGAAAACAAUUAACAUAUCAUAUGGAUCGAAAAAGGGAUAACACUUCAUCAAUAAUUACAUCUCUCUCUCUCUCUCUCUCUCUCUCUCUCUCUUACUCAGUGAGAAAUAAAGGAGAGAGAAAGAGAUCCCAUCAUUUGGAUACCAUUUAAUUAUGAAGAUGAAUAAUUAUCUUCUCAUUAAGGAUCGCCUGACUAAUAUGGUUCCCUUUUUGUUGAUGUUACCAUACCAUGCAUAGGAACUGGAAACAGAAAAAGUGAUGAUAAUAGUGCUGGUGAAUUAUCAAAUUGACUUAUAUUUCUGUCAUAUCUAUUUGCUGUUUAUACUUGAACUCUCUCUUUUCUUUCUCUCUCAUUUCCAUUGAGAGUGAGAAUGGGAAAAAGUGUAUGGGAGAGAAAGAGAAAAAAACAAUAUAACGUUGCUCUAUGAUGAGAAACUCAUUAUGAGGUUAUAUUGGUUUCUAUCAUUGGUUUUUUUUCUGCAAAAAGGAUGGAUAGAGAAUGAAGAAUUGCCACAAAAGAAUCAUUACCUGAGAGAAGCGUUUGUUGUCAUUUGAUGGUUACCAGAGGAACCAAAUAGAGGAACAAUUAUUAUGGGAAAAGAACAUAUUACAUAUACACAACUAUCAUCAUUUCAUCAUCAUUAUCAUCAUUGGAGGGAAGGCAAACAUAUAACACAUACACACAAUAUACACUCACCAAAAUGCAGCGAGAGUAAGGAAAAAAUUGAAAAUUGUCAGAGAGAAAGAGAGAGAGAGAGAGAAGGAAGAAAACCAAAGGAGGAGAUGAUAGAAUGGGGGAGAUGAAGAAUGGGCGAAACCAUUAAAAAAGGGAGCAACCAAGUUACCUGGACUGUCAAGCGAAAAUAGAGAGACCGAGAGAGUGAGAAUAAUAUUUAUAUCAACAAACCCUAUGUUUUCUCUUCAAUAGGAACAAAUUUUCAUCUUGGUUUGAUGAUCGAUGAACAAACAGAAUCUUUUCCUGGUACAUUGAGGCAAAUGUUCAUGGUUUCAGGGAGGAAAACAAUUGAAAUGACACAACAAUCAAAGAAAAUCAAACAAAAAAGACUGAAAAAAGCCCCUCAUGCUCAUCCAAACAGCUAAUUCGUUGGUUUUAAUGCACUCAUCUUAUUCACCCUCGUUCUCUGAAGUAAAUAAACAAUGUUCUGGUUUAAAUGUUUUCCGGAAGUUCUGUUAUCAGGGAAGAAAAGAAAAGAAAAUAAGGAAUAAGUUUUCUAAGAGAAGAUGAAAAGAUUUCCCGUUCUAUCAGGUUAAUCUUCCUGUUUCGCUUUUUGUCACCAAAGAGCAAAACCUGAAAUUUUCGGUCUACAUCCAGCGAUGGCGGAGAAAAAGCCUGAUGACUCUGAAUCGUCAAGAAACGCCAACAAAUCGUCAACUCCUACACCCGAAGAUCUUUCAUUUAGUCAUCCCUUUAUGGGUGAAAGUUCAGCGCGAGUUCCCGUUAUACUUUACCCGCUCGCUCGGCGAGUUGGUUUUAGUACAAUCAUGUUAAGUGCUCUACUUUAUGGCAUCACCAUCGUUCCCGCUUUACUUGCCGUCUCUGGUUACGAUCCAUUUGGAGGCUCUGGUCUUAUUCCUUUGGCUCUUCCUGUUUUGAUUGGUGCUUUUGCUGGAAGACGAAGACGAAGAUCACUUGAAAAUCAUAUUCCAUUGGAAAGACUUGACAUUGAUUUGGAUAAAAUUAGAUUGUUAAUCGCUUCAUUGGAAUCACCAUUCGGUGUGACAAUUAACAAUCGUAACAAUCUUUGUUCUAGAUUUCGUCUUUGUCGACGAAUCGAAUCUUUCAGACAAAGUUUGGUUAAAUUCUUACGAUUGUUAUUUAAAAGUCAAAUGAAACAUUUACCAUCAAUUAAUAGUAAUCACAUGCAAGCCUUACCCAAAUUUCCUAAUUCUUAAUGGUAAUUAUGUAUUUCCUUGAUUAUUAUUUAUAUUUAAUUUAUUCAAUAUAUGAAAUUGAGUCAGAAAUAUCAAAAAUUUUCUGUUUUAUCUAAUAAAAUUUUCUUCUAAUUAUUAAAAA